AUGGGGGCAUUGGACACUACCUGGGAUUUGUGCCGCCGAGACUCGGCCGACUCCCGGCGCCGCGGCUCGGUACGCCGGCGGCGGCAGGCGCCGGGGUUUUUCUGUGGGGCCACUCUCAUCUCGGAGCGCUACAUGCUGACGGCGGCCCACUGUAUCACCGAGGAGCGGCCUGUGAACGUGGUCCGGCUGGGCGGGUUCGCGCCCACGGAGGACGGCACGCCCACAAAGCCCGUCGACUACCCCGUGGAAAAGAUCACCACGCACCCGCUGUACCGGUACCCGGUGGUGUACCAUGACCUGGCGCUGAUCCGACUCGGCCGGCCGGUCACAUUCACACCCACUGUGCGCCCCUACUGCCUGGCGGCGCCCCACCAGGACCGGCCCGGCACCGACGCGCACGUGGCAGGAAUCGGCGCAAAGGAGUUCGGCGGUAAAGUCGGCGACGUGCUGCUGGAGGCGCCGCUGCCGAUCGUCUCGGCCGCCGAAUGUCUGACAAACCUGACCGGCGGCCGCACCACGCUCCAGCUGCCCCAGGGGAUCACGGACGGCGACGCCUGCCAGGGCGACUCGGGCGGACCGCUGCGCGUCGAGACUGACGACGGGCCGCGGCUGGUCGGCGUCGUGGCCGCCGGGGAGGGCUGCGCCGCGCCCGGAAAGCCGGGGCUCUAUACGCGCGUGUCGCACUACAUCGACUGGAUCGACGGCAUCGUGUACGGCGAUGGAUAACUUCGGGCAUGGGCGACUGUCCUGGCUGGCGUAUGGAGGCUGCUGAGAUAGGCACCAGGAUACCGCGCGGUGGCAGCGCUCAACUCAAUUGUCAGAGCCCGCUGUCGUACUGUCGGGAAGACGACUUUUCGAAGCAGAUGUAUAGCAUUGUGCCCAGAUACUACUGUGCAUAAGUCGUGUGUGUAUAUAUUAUAUUAACCCGCAUAAGUACUUACUCACAGGAUCAAUAAAUUACAAACCGAAUAAUCUUCAAACCGUCCAAUCUUGGGGCGGACCAGCAGCAAGAAAGAGAAUCGCCAUAUGGGUGGGAGGAAGAUCGGUGCUAGGGAGAAGAGACUUAACCAGAGUUUCCAAUAAUUGCUCCUUUUCAUGUUUUACAUUUCAGAACUCUUAAAAUGUCUUUCAAUCACGAGAU